AUGUCUUCAAAUCAAACAAAUUCGUCAACUUUGAAUUCAAUCGGAGAAAACCCCAACGUCUUAGCACCUGUAAUUCUUCUAAUUCUAGGAGCCAUUGGCAAUGGGUUAGCAUUUGCCAUUCUUUGCCGUUUAUCAUCAGAUCACCAAUGGCGCCCAUUCUACAGAUUCGUCUGCGUCCUCACUAUUAACGACUUCUUUGGAGUGGUUCUAGCUGCACCAUUCGGAAUAGCGAGAUACGCAUCCAACUUUACUUUUACUUUCACCCAGCCUCUUUGUGACUACAUGGCGUUCAUUCAGAUGCUUGCUAUUCUGAACUCAGCUUUCAUCGUAUUCUCCAUGUCACUUGACAGGUUCUUUGCGAUUGUUUUUCCAUUCAAAUACAGCACCUCAUCUAAAGAAAGACGAGCACAUGUAUUAUUAAUACUUGGAGGAAUAUUGUCUGUUUUCUUGUCGUCUGUUCACAUUUUGGCGGGAAGGCAAAGUCGAAGUUUUUAUCCGGGUUCCUGGUGUUUUGUAGAUUUCAAGUCCGACUCUUGGAUUGAUCGAGGCAUCUCCCUAGCUUAUUCUACUAUAGGAUUUAUCCUGCUAUCCUUAAUUAUGGUUCUGAAUUGCACAGUUAUCAUCACUUUGCUCCGACAAAGCUUCGUUGGUAGUGAAGUUGCAAAGCAAAGAAUUUCCAGUAAAAACAGCAAGCAGAUGAUAGUGCUUCUGUUAGCUGUUGUCGUUCUUUUUGCGAUCUGCAUAAUACCAUUGCUGAUAAACAUUUUUGCCCGCUCUCUUCGUAUCCUGGACGGAAUGGACAACUUCGAACUCAUUGGCCUUCGACUAGCUUACACAAAUGCCGUUCUUAAUCCCUGGCUAUAUAUCUUAAUCAGAAAGGAGACGAUAUUAUUUCUACAGAAACUUCUGAUUCUCAGAAAAUGUCGUUCUACAAAAGAGGAACAAAGAUAUUAAUUUACAAUUUUUUUAACUACGGGUGUCUUCAGGCAAAAUAAAUGACUUUUGUGUUGGACUACCUUCGGAUAUUUUUUUUCAUGAUCAACCUAACCCUUUAUAUUCCAACACAUUGUAAAGUAAAGCAGCAUGUUUCCAGUCUUUUUCAGCAGCCAUGACAGGUGAUUUCCUCAGACUUAUAAUUCAGACUUGAAAUUUAGAGUU